UUUCCUCCGGUCAAGGUUGCACUUGCAGUGAUCGCAGUAGGACGCGACCGGAGCUCCGUUUUUACGCGCAAACAGAGCUGCCGACUGAUCAGCUGCGAGUUGCACUGUUUGUGUUUGCACUGCGCGGAAGGAAUCUCUCACCUCACCGAGGCAGCCAUGGAUGAAAUGGAGGAAGAGUUAAAAUGCCCCGUGUGCGGCUCUUUUUACCGGGAGCCCAUCAUCCUGCCGUGCUCCCACAAUAUUUGCCUGGCUUGUGCUCGGAAUAUCCUUGUGCAGACCCCCGAUGCUGAGUCCCCACAGAGCAGCCGAGCCUCCGGAUCCGGAGUCUCCGACUAUGAUUACCUGGAUUUGGAUAAAAUGAGUUUGUACAGUGAGGCGGACAGUGGAUAUGGUUCAUAUGGAGGCUUCGUCAGCGCUCCGACUACCCCUUGCCAAAAAUCACCAAACGGGGUGCGAGUUUUCCCCCCGUCUGUCCCCCAGCCUCCUCCGCAACAACACCUGCUACCGCAGCCCGGCUCUUUACCCCCGAUCCCCCGCAACUCCUGCAUCACCUGCCCGCAGUGUCACCGCAGCUUAAUCCUGGACGACCGGGGACUCCGCGGAUUCCCCAAGAACCGUGUUCUGGAGGGUGUUGUGGACAGGUAUCAGCAGAGCAAAGCGGCUGCACUCAAGUGUCAGCUGUGCGAGAAGAGCCCCAAAGAGGCCACCGUGAUGUGCGAGCAGUGCGACGUCUUCUACUGUGACCCGUGCCGCCUGCGGUGCCAUCCUCCCCGCGGUCCCCUCGCCAAGCAUCGCCUGGUACCGCCGGCGCAGGGGCGGAUAAGUCGCCGCGCGAGUCCGCGCAAAAUCUCCACAUGCACGGAGCACGAACUGGAGAAUCUAAGCAUGUACUGUGUACAGUGUAAGACGCCCGUGUGUUAUCAGUGUUUGGAGGAAGGGAAACACGGCACACACGAAGUCAAAGCUCUGGGCGCAAUGUGGAAACUGCACAAGGGUCAGCUGUCUCAGGCUCUCAACGGCCUGUCAGACCGAGCCACCGAGGCCAAGGAGUUCCUGGUCCAGCUGAGGAACAUGGUGCAGCACAUCCAGGAGAACGGAGUGGAGUUCGAGGCCUGUUUGGUGGCGCAGUGCGACGCCCUCAUCGACGCCUUGAACCGACGCAAGGCCCAGCUGCUGGCUCGAGUAAACAAAGAGCAUGAACACAAACUGAAGGUGGUUCGGGAUCAGAUCUCCCACUGUACGGUGAAGCUGCGUCAGACCACGGGGCUGAUGGAGUACUGCCUGGAGGUCAUCAAGGAGAACGACCCCAGUGGUUUCCUGCAGAUCUCCGACGCUUUGAUCCGGAGGGUGCACAUGACGGAGGGUCAGUGGGGGAAGGGAACCCUCACCCCGAGGAUGACCAGCGACUUCGACCUGACUCUGGACAGCGGACCUCUGCUGCAGACGAUCCACCAGCUGGAUUUUGUCCAGAUGAAAGUCCCAGCUGCUCCGAUGCUCCAGCUGGAAGAAUGCUGCACUCAGAACAACAGCGCCACGUUGUCAUGGAAACAGCCACCGCUCUCCACCAUCGUCGUGGACGGAUACAUCCUGGAGCUGGACGAUGGAAACGGGGGUCCGUUCAGGGAAGUGUACGUGGGGACGGAGACCAUCUGCACAGUGGACGGGCUCCACUUCAACAGCACGUACAAGUCCAGAGUGAAGGCCUUUAACGCCAGCGGAGUGGGCCAGUACAGCAAGACACUGAUCAUGCAGACCUCUGAGACUGGACUCCCUCCAUGCGAUAUUCAGUCUCUAGGCACAGUCGCUUGGUUCACGUUCGACCCGGCCUCCGCCCACCCGGACAUCAUCCUCUCCAACGACAACCUGACGGUGACGUGCAACAGCUACGACGACAGGGUGGUCAUGGGUAACUCCGCCUUCUCCCGCGGCGUUCAUUACUGGGAGAUGACCAUCGAUCGCUAUGACAACCACCCGGAUCCGGCCUUCGGUAUCGCCCGGGGUGACGUCCUGAAGGACGUGAUGCUGGGGAAGGACGACAAGGCCUGGGCUAUGUACGUGGACAACAACCGCUCCUGGUUCAUGCACAACAACUCACACACCAACAGGACGGACGGCGGCAUCAGUAAAGGAACUACAAUAGGAGUCCUGCUGGACUUCUCUCGUGGGAUCCUGAUCUUCCUCAUCAACGAUGAGCAGCAGGGUCCGGUGGCUUUCGAAGGCUUGGAGGGCGUUUAUUACCCUGCGAUCAGCAUCAACCGAAACGUCCAGGUUACGCUGCAUACCGGACUACCCAUCCCUGAUUUCUACACUCCCGGAGAGGCAGAUCCAACCGGCUCCGUGUGCUAAAAGACUCUACAACCGGUCGAGGGAAAACCUCUGUGGGAUUUCCCAGGGUUCAUCCUGCCAGUCAAUAACUAUGACCCUCCCCUUCCCGCCUCUUCCCGUGUCCCCCUGACCGACUGACCCCAUGACUCCGUUAGAGGGCCCCCAUCCAGCGCUGAGCCAUGCCUUUAUCAUGCCUAAACCUUGGACCGACGUGGACCAAUCUGCAGGACAUGAGCAGUGCUUUGUGAUCUGUACCUCCUGUUGGAGUCCUGUCGUCAUUGUUGUUGUUGUUGUUGUUGCUUUCUUUGCAUAAAAUCAGAACCUCUCUCAUGUGUUCAUGCUAAAUAUGAAGCUGUCGGACUGGAAACAGCUAGCCUGGCUCUGUCCAAAGUUCAAAAACACGUGUACUAACACGUCUGAAGCUCUCUUAAAUCUUAUUAGUUUGAUCUGUGUGAUGUAGAAAUAGAAGAUAAAACACGUUUAAAGGUGCUUAUAGGUGGAUUUUGUUACCUUUGGACAGAGGUUUAGUUUCAUAUUUAGCAUAAAGCCAUGAAAACUGAUCUAACUCUCUGGUUUAAAGCAAAUAAGCAAAGGAAGGAGGUUGUUUUGUAAAGUUAACUUAGAAGAAGUAGCCUCCAUCACACCACAGACGAUACAACUUACUCUUCGUUCUCACCCUCGUUUCUUUUUUAUGUUUUCUGUGAAUGUGUGCGAGGGUGGAACGGGUUCGAGACUGGUCAGCGAUCCCCGGACGAGAAGAGAGCAAUAGUCGGACUCUCAGCCGCGUCACUGUCGUAUCCUCGUCCCCGUGUACAUGAGACGCUUUUCUUAGUGGCUUUAAGCUCAUGUGAAACUUUCUGUAUCAUCUGUAUAAAAAAGAAAAAAGAAAAUAUAUAAAAAUACAGCAUUGCCGUAAUAAAUGCAGCCUUUCUCUGCAGUGCAGCUCUCGAAGCAGGAGGGGAAGAUUUUGGGGUUUAAUGUAUCAUAAAAGCAGGCGAUUAUUCCGUGCGUUGAUCGAGUGUUGGAAAGUGAAGUUAGAGAUGAUGACUGUGAAGCUGCUUGAAUAAGGUGCUACAGCAGCUCGCUUCAUUCUGGCUUUUUUUUUUUACCGUAGGUGACCGAUCCUGGUAGUUUUGUAACAUUGUUAUUGAGACGAUCUAUCGCAGAGAGGUGUAUAGCUUAAAUAAGUUAUUGAUGUUCAGAGUUUUUUCAAUGAGAAUCCGUCAUUGCUCCUUUAUUUGAUGUAUAGUUAUUACAGAAAGAAUCUUUUUGUCGCUUUAGAAAUGUAGUUUGUUCUUGAGACGAGGAGGCUUCACGGUAAAUCGCGAGAACCAGUUUUUGUCUUAUUAAAGCAACGGGAAAGGGGACGAUGCACUGGGAUGUUUGUGAGGCGUCGCAUUCGGGCAACGGACUCCCCAACAGGACUGCUCUGUGUUGCUGUACUUAGCCUUAGUGCCGCUGAGGCUGAUGGGAGCGUCUUUAGUUUUGGAGUUAUUUGGUUAUAAAACAUUCGAUAAUCACCAAAGUUUCAAUGAUUCAUCCUGACGAGGUCACGAAUGUCUCUAUCAAAUUUCAUGCCGAUCCAUCCAACAGUUGUUGAGAUAUUUCCAUAAAAAAACACAAAUGUACAUCUUAUUGUGGCGCUAGGGGAGAAGUCAUAUGGGUUCAUCCUCUGGCAACCAUGAAUCAGUACAAAUCCAGCCAGUAGACACUGAAAUACUUCACAGGUGACCACUGCGAACUGCUAAUGACACUAGAGACACUAGAGAAUAAAAGUCAGGGAUCGUGAUCAUGUCUGUAGGGUUCAUCUUCUGGGAAGAUGAAUGGGCAGCAUUUUUACAGUGCUGUACAUUUCGCCACAUUUCAUCCACCCAUUCAUUCACACACAACGAUGACAGUAAACUAGCGACCCUGAGUGGGUGCCCUGCAUUCAGUGGACACCCACUCUACAAGUCAGGGAUCAAGAAAAGGCUGUAGGAUUUAUCCUCUGGGAACCAUGAGUGUCAACAUUAACAAGAAUUUAUAGAAAUGCAUCCAACAGUUGCCAGUUGGAUGCAAGACAUGCCACUAACAAACGAAAACGCCAAAGUCACAAUCACCAAAUACAUUUUGGUUCAUCUUCUGGGGACCAUGAAUGCCUGAAAGUAUAAAAUGUCUUAGAAAUUCACCAAUUUAGGAUAUUUCCAUCUGGACCAAAGUGGUUAGAAUGACUGAAAGAUGUUUCCUGGCAGCAGUAUCUGCAGUCUAAAUGUUGAUGGGAUGCCCACAAACGUUCCCCUGUGCAUCGCCGCCCUGAGACAUACAUUCACAUGAGGUGCUAUCCUGUGUUUGAGCUUCAUGGGUGUGCCUUUUCCCCUCCUCAAUAACCCCCCCACCUAAAAAAAAAAAGAUUUACGAAACUUUGCUACAAACUAGAUUCAUCGCUUCAGCAGAGUCGACUGUAACAUCUGUGAUGCCUGACUACACCUGCUGCUGCUGCUACUUAUUUUUUUCUAUCGGCAAAAGGGCAAACUCGACACUAGUUGUUGUUGUUGUUGUUGUUACGGAUAUAAUAACCACAGUAUUGAAGGGAAUAUUAGUCAGGUAUGGGAAGGUGUCUUUCUUUCCUUUCUCUUCCCCUGGGCUCACACUGAUUGUAAAUCAUCUGGCUGCACAAAUAUAAAUCUGAGUAUGAUACGUGCAUGUGUGCUGACUUAAACUAAACCAGACAAACCAGCAAGUUGCACGGCCUUUUUGCUGCGAGGCUGCGAUUCGAGCUUUGAUUUAAUUGACAGUUUUUUCAAGGUAAGCCUUUUGUCCGGCUGUAAUUAUAACGCCGGAGGACAAAAGCAGCCCGUUCAGCAGCGGGUCACUGAGCAGCGAAGAGCUUCCUUUGACUCAUACAGAGAAACAAGAGCAGCCAUUAUCAGAGCAUUACGCAACCUCUGAAUCCAGGACAAACACACACACGGAAAAUGGCUUUAAUCCAACGAAACGCUUCACAUAAAGGGAUUUCUAGAGUUCUAUGAUUGAAAGAUAACAUAAAUGUGUAUUUCUUUCUUUUUACUGAAUACACAGGAGGGUGCUGACGUUAAAAAACUGUGUGAUUGUAACAUUUAUUAUUUCUAAAAACCAGCCGAACACACUUUAAAUAUAUCAAACUUUACCUCCCCCUCCCUGCGAAUCAUUUAAAAUCUAUCACACAGCCUCGUCAAACUUUUAUGAAUUAUUACAAACGUCCUCACAGUCGCUGGGCGACACUGGGUGUUAUAGCUCCAAAUGUACAUACAUAUAUGUGUGUGUGUGUGUGUGAGUGUGUGUGAGUGUGUGUUACCUGCAUUAUAACCUCAUUUUAACUUUUUUUGGCCGUUUGAUCCGAGGUGCGAUGUCAUCACUCGAUGUUAUUAUUUACAGUGAAAUAUUUUAUGAAUAUAAAAAUGAGCAUUAUUAAUAUGAUUUUAACACAGUAUGAUUAUUAUGAUUGUUAUGAUUAUAUGUCUAUCAUUACCAUAUUACUGCUAUUAUUAUGAUCUGAAGUGUAACAUGAGCCUCUGUGUUUUUUUGUAUGUGUGGAUAUUCAAUAAAUAGGUGUCAACAAGG